UUCCUCCCGAUAAAACACAUGACAAUACAAAUUGACAUAAACAUAAUCAGCUGAUUAUCAUUUUGUUUUCUUCUUGAAUUUAAAUUUAUGAAUAAAUAAAUUCGGAUUCUCGCAUAUUAAAUUUAAUUUUUUAUAAUGCGUAAACCACGUCCGGUUUCAACUUCAUCUUUACCACCAGUUAGCUUACACAUCAAAGUUCAAUAUGAUGAUUCAGAAAUGCGUUCUCUUGUCAACGCUUUCAUAAUUGUAAAUAGAAUAUUAUUCCCUAAAUACAGAUGGUAUUCAUUUCCAGCCUUAUUAAUUUUGGAACUAACACAGCGUCAUGUUGCCUUAAAUCGCGAUAAAUUUAAAUUAACACCUAUUCCAAGUCGGUUAUACGAAUUUCUAAUACGAAAUGAAUAUAUAAAAUCGGAACACAUAUUAUUUGUAUCAGAAGAUAUUUUCGAAAAAUAUGCUGAGAGCCGUGAAUUAAAUUAUGUUACCCUAAUUGUUAGUGGUAGAUUUACGCCAAAAAAGGAGCACAAAUCAGAAAUUAUGAAAGACAUAUUGAGCUUGAAGCCACAGACUUUAAUUGUUCAAUUACAGCCAGCGUUUAAUUGCCAAAAAAGCUGUGUAUUUGUCGCCGAAAACUUUUAUUCAAAUUUAAUGGAAAAAUUCAAAAAUAAAAUGAAUACAACAAUAGAAAUCGAACCAAUUCAUGAACACCAACCACUACCGGCGAUAGCAACAAAAGCUCAUGUUCAAAUGAUAAGUAAUCCAUAUGAAUUGCCAAUCGAUGUUGUCGAUUUAUUGUUAACAAAUUAUUUUAAUACACCAAGAAUUUUGCAUUGUGGUUUUACAUAUAAAAUUGCAGUAGACGCAAACCUUCUGGGAACAGCGGUUUAUGCUCAACAUUAUCACAUAUUUGCUUAUUUAAAAGAAGUUUUUAUCAAAUGCACACAUUUAGAAACAAAAGGAAACGAAUUUGAGUCUCAAGCUAUUGUUGCAACAAAUUUUACAAAUUUAAUUCAGAAGGGAAAUUUAAAAGAGUUUUUACCAAGACAACUCCUAGAUAGUGUUGCAAUUGCAAACAACUUUCCAGAUGGCUUGAAAGAAUGUUAUCAGUUACUGAAGUCGUCUAUUUAUGCAUUUUUGCCAAAGAAAUCUGCUUGUUUAUCAUGGAAGCAAAUAUUUCCAUUGUUUUUAAUACAAGGAGAAAGGGGUUCUGGAAAAACAAAACUAAUAAAUGCUGUUGCACAAGACUUGGGAAUGAAUUUAUAUGCUGUAGACUGCGCAGAAAUUGUUUCUCAAGUUCCAACCCAUACAGAAGUAAAGUUGAAGGGUGUAUUUGCAAAAAGCGUUAUUUCUGAACCAUUAAUAAUUUGCUUUCACAAUUUUGAAAUUUUUGGAAUUGAUAAUGAAGGUAAUGAGGAUCUUCGUCUUUUAGCUUCAUUUCAAGUACAAAUACAAGAACUUUAUAAUAAAGAUCGGGAGCAUCCUAUAAUAAUUAUAGCCCUUACGAAUGAAAAAGAAUUAAAAACUAUGAUACAUAGAUUGUUUUUGGAAAUUAUUCAGAUUCCUCCACUUGGAAAAAUAGAAAGAUUUAAAAUUUUGAAAUGGCUUCAUAUACGUGAAAUUUAUAACGAAGAAAUUUUUAACAAAGGAAAUUUAGACAGAGUUCCACUUUUUCCGAUGACUUGCCGAGAAGUCUUUUUAAAAAGGUUUUUCAAAUGGAAAAAUAUGAAAGAAAUUCUCCUUCAGGUAGCAGAAAAAUCUCAAGGAUUUUUGUUAGGAGAUUUGAAAUUGCUUUAUGAUAAUGCAGUAAGAGAUGCUAAUAUAGAAAAAAUGUCUAAUCUUCGUUUAGAUCAUUUUGUAAGAAAUCUUAAUGAAAUGCAAACACUUUUUGCUGAUAGCUUAGGUGCUCCAAAAGUGCCGAAAGUUUUGUGGUCAGAUAUUGGGGGGCUAGCUAAAAUCAAGGAUGAAAUUCAGAGUAGCAUAGGUUUACCCUUGAAACACGUUCACUUAAUGGGGAAAAAUUUACGACGUUCUGGUAUACUUUUAUAUGGUCCCCCUGGAACCGGAAAAACUUUGGUAGCUAAAGCUGUUGCUACGGAAUGUAAUUUAAGUUUUCUUUCAGUGCAAGGACCUGAACUAUUAAAUAUGUAUGUCGGGCAAAGUGAACAGAAUGUUCGAGAAGUAUUUUCAAGAGCCCGAUCAGCUGCACCUUGUGUACUAUUUUUAGAUGAAUUAGAUUCUCUAGCACCAAAUCGUGGGGUAGCAGGCGAUUCUGGAGGUGUAAUGGAUAGAGUAGUCAGUCAAUUAUUAGCUGAAAUGGAUGGAACAAGCGAUCCAAAUAAACCGAUAUUUAUAUUGGCUGCCACAAAUAGACCUGAUUUGAUUGAUCCAGCUUUACUUAGACCUGGAAGAUUUGAUAAACUCUUUUAUGUUGCCCCAUGUGUUACAUAUGAAGAUAAGGCAGCUGUACUUAAAGCACAAAUGAAGAAAUUUGUGCUAGGUAAAAAUGUAAAUAUUAAUAAUAUAUCCGCCAUACUAAAGGAGGAUAUGACUGGAGCUGAUUUAUAUUCGAUAUGCUCGAAUGCGUGGCUGUCAGCUGUUAGAAGAAUUAUUACAGCUCAUCAAAAAGAUAAAACAAAAAAAGGUGAAGAAGUUACAAAUAAAAUAAUUGUUGAAAUGGAAGAUUUUGAAAGAGCUUACGAAAAAUUUGUGCCUUCGGUUAGCAAGAAAGAUUUAGAAUAUUUUAGCAAACUAAAAAUGUCUUACAGUUCAUAAAAAUGGAUCUUU